AUUUACCCCACCACUAUCACGCGCUGUGAGCUCUUUAAUAUAGCGCGAUUGACCCAUAACGUUAUAGGAGGAUACGCAAAUACAACGAAAGAGCUACUAGGUAAAUCAGCAGCUGAGCCGAAUAUCUUAAUACUCGAAUCUCUUCGACUAGACAGAUACCAAGAAGACUACCGCUAGCAAUGGACAUCGACGACAUAUUACGAGAGGUCGAUCCUACAUUCGAUUCCAUCCCCGAAGACACACGCGACUUACAAGCGUUAACACGCGCCUGGGUCGCAGAGAGGUCCUCGCCCGAGCUACUCGAUUGGCCGAUCGACGGCUUGUUCGAGCGCAUAAACGAGCGCAUCAAGCAGCAGAUCGAGAAAAUCGAGGAAAUGACGGGCGAUAUGGAUCCCAAGACCAACUUUGCUUUGAUCGUUAUACAGACCGAGCUUGAGAGGUAUAAGUACUUGGUGCGGAGUUACUUGAGAGCUCGUAUAGCUAAGAUCGACAAGCAUACCCUGCACUACCUUUCCAACCCCGUCAUCCGGGCUCGUCUUUCACCGCCUGAGCUCGCAUAUGCGACUCGGCACCAGGCUCUUCUCCACAAUCACUACCUCUCCUCGUUCUUAUCGUCGUUCCCGGCGCCGCUGCAGAAUCUCAACGAUACGGCUGGGAAUAUUAGUAUGAUAGACACGCCGGACCUGGAUACGGCUGUGUUUAUCCGCUUACUAGGAGAUACGCGUGUCGAAGGGCGGGGCACAGACGAGGAUGGCGCGAUGGAUGGUAAGAAUGGUGACAUUGUUAUUCUGAGGUGGUCGGACGCAAGGAAGUUGGUUGAUUCGGGCGUGGCUGAGAUAGUAUGAAGCCGGCCUAUCUUGCCAAUUUUCUCCGUCACGACUUCGCCAUAAAUGAUCCAACAGUCGCCUUCGAAGCUUCUCGUGAUAUUGUCCCUGAUGUUACGGUCAUAGCGGCCAUGACAACAGUGGACGAUCCACUUAGUAUCGGCUUCAUCAGGAGUCUGGUGUAUAGUCUACGAGACGAAAGGAUGGGUGGCCUUAACCAGGAGUCAUCUUGCCGCUCCAUAAAGAGUGUUAAUCCCAGCGAGAUAUCGCGGUGUUUAGGGAACAUCGCUGCGUUGAAGGAUGAUCAGGAGUGACCUCGGUGAUCUAUUUCUUAGGAACCUAGGCUACGGAACUUGACUGCCGAUAAACUCGCUUUGUUGUGGUCUAUUUAGAUACCCAAGGUGCUAGUAUGCCCAGCUAUGCUAGUUACCGAUAUCACCUUUGAGUUAACCUCUUAAGAAGUUGCUAGCUAGGAAACCAAUAUAUAAUCUGAAAGAGGACUUUUAUAUGAAGUCAUCGUAUCUAUAACUAAGGGGUAUCACCUCUCGAAUUGGAUAUCAGCUUACAAUAGCAAAAACAACGGUAGUCUAUGGUCGAAAAUGGCUACUCUACCCUGGUUAUCUCUUUAAAGUGAGGCAUUUAUACGAAUCCUCCAAGAGAUAUUCGUUAAAGUAGUUG